CUUACACAGAAUAACAACACAACAAUCUUCAGAAAUAUACACAAGGGAUGACUAUAUAUAGGUGAAACCGUUUCUGGACUGUAAACAGGAUACAAAUGGUGCAAAGAAGUGAAGAGUGCAAGGAGUGCUGAGAAAAUAUUAAAUGAUAAAAAAAAAAUGACGUUACUUUUGAAUAUAGUAUGCGUUUAUGUACAGUAUAUACAGCCUGUUCAAAUAUACAAUAAUGAGUGAAAUAUAUUGCAUGUUUUGUAUUUUAAACUAAGUAAAUAUGUAUAAUAUGUAGGUGCAGUGGGUAUUAUAGUGUUACAGAGUUAUUGCACAGUGCCUGAGUUAACUGUUCAUAAGUGUAUAAGUAAAUAAAGUGAAUGAAAUUGUCAUCAGUGGGUUAAAAGUUAAUGCAAUCAAUACGGUUUGAUUCGAGGUGACAUUAAAUGAGAUUGAAUAGGCUACAAUCACCACCAGAGGUCGACCCACUUUCGUCUCCCGUUAAGAGUCAUACAGAGGAAAAAAAAACUCACUUUCCCUUGCAGCAUUGCGGCUCCCCCCUCCCAUCUCGCGCCUUCCCUCUUGUCUCUCCUCGAGCUACUAGCCGUCGCUGUGUGUGUUGUUGUUGAAGCAAUGAUGGCGGCAGCGGGAUGCGGAUCAGCAACCGCGGCUGCCGGAGGAGGCCAAGGUGGAACCGCUACGGCCAGAGGUCGUUUCCCCGGUCGGCCUUGGUCUUCUCGCAGUCGUUUGCGCUCUGAGAAGCGAUGGCAACUCGGACGAUCUGGUUUAGAAGCUGAUGAUGUGACUAACGGAGGGCCAAGGCCCACAAACCUGGCUCUAUCGUUAAACGAAGACCAGUCUCACUUGCGCUUACUUGGGAUAGAGGCGAGCCACAAGAUCCUUGGCCAGGCUGGAUACAGCUCUAGUGGGAGUGAAGAGGUGAGGCCCCAAACCGACCCAGGAGGAGAUGACUUCACAGGAUUUGAAGCUGAAAGAAAAGGCUCCAAAGGACGUAUAUGGUCUCGACAAAACCCUUCCAAAGGUGAUGCUGUCAACACAAAAUCUAAACGACAAAGCGAGAAGCUACCGCUUAAUACGCCAGCAGUGGAGGCAGCUAUUAGUCCACCCGAUCCUGUAAAGGAUGUAAAAUCCAUGGAGGAGAUACACACCUUAUCUCCUGAAGCGGAGCCUGCAAAGGAUUGCAGGAAAGGCUCGAAAGGAAAAAACACUAUGGAUCGACAGUCCACUAAAAGCGGAGCGUCAUCAGCAGCACCGAGGAUUACUAUAAAGUUGGUGGCCAAAAAGAAAAUGAAAACCGUAAAGGAGCCUCAUAAAAAAUCCAUGAAGAAGUUGAAGAUAAAAGGAAUUCAGGAUCAGCCUAAAGCCAAGGACAUUCAGGGUGACCAGAUUUCAAGUGCUCAUGUCAAAUUAAAAACUGAACCACAUGAUGAUAAACAUGGCACAGAAGAUAAAGGAGGGGGGACUUUACCUGCAAGACGGCGUGGAAGAUCUGCUUCAAAGACAACAGAGUCUGUUUGCCAGACUAGUGCCAAAGUUGUGGCUGAUGACCAAAAACCAAAAGAGAGAAAAUCAGCCGAUCAACUUGACACUGUAAAGGAAAGCGCAACUGUAGAGCCAAAAACAAAUGCAAAGCAAUUAAAGCAUAAGGAAAUUGUGACAGAGCAAGGGUCUGAAGGUAAUCAACAACUGAUUCGUAGGAGCAACAGAGUCACCAACCCACUCACGAAAAGAGUCUCGGACAGUGCAGCUGAACCGGAAAGUCUAAGUAAAAGUGAUGCCAUUGUUGCAGAGUCCAAGUCAAAAGUUUCUAAAACAGUUGAGGCCAAACCAUCGAUGAGAAGUGAUGGACGAAGGCAAAGCAAGAGGCUAAAUAAGGAUGCUACAGUGCCAGAAAACCACAGUCCAUCCUCCACAGAGACGGAUAAUUUAGCAGUACAACCCAGUGACACUUUGCCUUUGAUAAAGGAUGAACUGAGGGUCCCAAGUUUAAAGUUGAAAAAGAUCAGAAACCCAAAAUAUGAUGCACAGUCAAGUGGGAAGAAUUCAACGCGAAAGAAAAAACGGAGAAAAUUUGUCUGGACUUUAACAUUGGUAAAGGGAGGCAUUCAGACACAGGGUGCUGAAAACACUGUCAAAGUAACAGAGACAACCGUGAGCGAAACGGAUCAGUCCACUUUUUGUGACACCAGUGUCAACAUGAGCUUGAAGGCGAUGGAUAAAAUAUCAAAACUGGAUAACCCUACCCCACAAGAGAGUAAUAACACAGACAAUAAUGAAAAGGGUUCCCAAAACAAGGCUGACAUGUCAUUUGAGGAAAAGUCUACUUUACAGGUGGACAUUGAAGUGGAAGACAUAAGUGAAACGCCUCCGCAAGAAAUCACUAAAAUGGAUUGCGGGAAAGUUGUCCCACCUCUUCAGAUCAAAAAAGUAUCCUCUCCUGGUAAACACAAAAGCUCAAAGCCAUCCUUUUUAAUUCAGCAAGUUAGUCCUGUGCCUGAAAAGAAAGAGGAUGAUGUUCCGAAAGACCUAAGUGAAAUUAAAGAGGAUAAAUCAUCAUGUCCGGAUGCUGAAGACUUGCCAACCAGGAGACUGAGAAGGAGAACAUCAAGCCUUGAUUCACCGCAAAAAAAGUCUGACGGUCGUAAAGCUGUGACGACUCAGAAACGGAAGUUGAGAAUGAGUCCGCAGGAUGAGGAUACCCCGCAGGUGCACACUGAAGAUUCUUCUCAGGUUUUAACAGAAGACUCCAGCUCACAUGUUCUUCCUGAAAAUUCCUGUCAGGUUUUGGCUGUAGACUCCUCAGAGGUAACCAGUGUAAACUCCUCUGAAGCGCCUGAUAAGGAUUCUUCACAGAUCGCUGACGAUCCCUCACAGGUGCCAGGUGAAGUUUCUCCACAGAAGAUGGAGAAUGAGGUAGAACCGCAAAUUGAAGAGGCCAAACCAUUGCCUGUGCCUUCUAAACCUAGAAGAUGUAGAAAUAGUAAAUUGGUAAAGAAGAGGUCUGUUCAAAGGAAGAAGGCUGUUGUUUCUCCUGAAACUGCUGUCAGCAUAGAGUUGGCUACAGUUGAAGCGACUAAUACGGAGUCUGUGCUAAAGGAAGAUAGUUUGCCUUUAGUAACAGAGGCAAGUCAGUCAGAAACAAAAGAUUGCACCCAGCCUGAGGCAAAACAGGACACUGUAUCAGUUGAAGAAGAGCAGAUACAACCACCCGUAAAAGAGGAAACAGACAUUCAGUUGAUAGAUAGUCAACAAUCUUUGGCAUCGGAAAGUCAAGUGAGUGAUCCAAAAACAUUGUGCCUACAAAAGAAAUCCCUCAAAAAGGUAAAAAAGAGGCGUAAAAAUUUGAUUGGGCAGCGCCAGAAACACAGGCACAGGAGCAGAGAUGGGAAGUUUGCUCCACUUAAAUUAUCUGAAAGUCGGAAAAUUGUUGAGGGAGAUGAUGACAUUUCCACCCAGUUGGCAGCUACCACACCAGCCCUGAGCUCUAAACUUAUUGGAGUACAUAAAAAGUACAAGAAGAGACCAUCUAGCCUUCCAUUUAUUGGGUCUAAAAGACCAAACCCACAAUCUAAAAUAAUUUCUAAGCUGAUAGAAAUAGGGAUCGACAAAGACAGUUUGAAGCAGGAGGAAACCGACACGUUAGUCGAUGGGGCACGAGCAGAUGUGGUAGAUGCUCAGCCUGGUAAAUCAAAGUUUGUAAAGAACAUCAAGCACUUCAUUAUGCCUGUUGUAAGUGCCAGAUCCUCACGAGUGAUCAAGACCCCACAAAGAUUUAUGGAUGAUGCUGGAAUGUCGGUACUGCCUCGAAGAAACUCCCCAAAGAAGGGUUUUCAACUGGGCUUGCAAAUACGUCCGGGAAAGAGACGAGAUGAUGGGAAUGGCAGAGCAAUAUCCCCUAUCUUGCCAGUUGAUGAGGAGGACAUAUUGAGUGAAGCUCAGUUGGAUGUUGAUCUGUUCUCAGCUCAGGACCUAGAUGACAGCACUGAUAUAGCUGACAGCCUAUUUUCUGAGACAAAAAGUGGCAAAAUUGAGAAGAAGCGGCCUCUUCUGAAGAACUCUAGUUUCAAAUGGCAUGUGCCUGAAGAGUCUAGUGAGGAAAUGUAUACACUGGACAAAACUCCAGAGAGCAAAUGUGAGGAUCUCUUUUUAUCACCACCAGUUGAUAAGCCUGCAGAACUAUCUAUUGACCUCCUGGACGCUCAGAAAAAGAAAAUGUCCCCUAAGUUUAAUAAACAAACAGCUCACCUCAAGAUUUAUCAAAGGCUAAAGAAGCUGCACACAGGACUUCCCAAAAGCAAAAACGCAACAGAGAUGGAAAGCGUUAGUAAACCUCCUCAGCCUCCCGUUGAUUUAGCUGAAGGGCUUGAUGAUGAGGCCAUGAGCAUUAGCCUGAGGCAACGCAACACAAACGCAGAUAAGGACAAAUCCAAGCUCAAGAUAGAAGAUCUUGACAGUCCUGGAGUUGUCAGGAAAGUUUCUGUGUGCGUUAGGACUAUGAACUCCAAGUCCCAUGCAUUUCAUCAGGGUAAAGAGGAGGAUUUAGCUGGGAAAGACACUGCCCAACGUCACUCAGGAGAGCUGCAGAAUUCAGGCGCAGGUGAAGGUGAUUAUCCUGGAUCUGUGGAGAAGGGAGCUUCACAAAGAGCCCGCCUCACUGGUGCAAAUAAAAGAAUGUUCAAUCUCCUCAGGAAAGCCAAGGUCCAGCUCAUUAAAAUUGACCAGCAGAAACAGCUUAAGUCAUCUGGGCUGUUAUCUGGCCCAGCUGGCGCCAGGUCGAGAGAUUUGACCUCCAAGAGACAAAGGAGGAAACAGAGGGUGCAGCUUGAUUCUGAUGUUCCAGUCAAGACAGAGCCACCUCAAGGACAACCACAGCUCAUCUCCCCUCCGUGUCAGGAGUUCCGUAGAGCAGGAGGUCCACGCAUCAAGCAUGUUUGCCGUGCUGCAUCUGUGGUGCUUGGGCAGCCUCGAGCCUUGAUACCAGAUGACAUUCCCAGGCUUAGCGCCUUACCGCUGCAUGAAAGAAGUGGCAUUUCCCCUUCCGCCAUCACAAAAGAUAUUGGCUCUCCCUCAGAAUCGGAUAGUCCUGGGCUGUCGGAUCCAAAGGUGGCCAAGGUCAAGAAGCCAACGAAUUUUGUGAAACGAAAAGGACUCGGGCCAUUUGGGUACCGCUCUCGGAGGUGUGGAGUUUGCAAAGGCUGCAACCACGAGGAGGACUGUGGCAAGUGCAUGAACUGCCUUGACAAACCCAAGUUUGGUGGUCCCAAUACUAAACGCCAGUGUUGUGUGUAUAAGAGAUGUGAUCAGAUUGAAGAGAGGAAAGCUCGGCGACUAAGUGGAAGAACAGCACCCAAAGGUCCUUCUAAGCGACGGCGAUCCUCUCUCAGCGGGGGACAUUCAAGCAAUGAUGAAGGGAACGAAGGUGCUGCAGACUCACCAUCUGGUCCCCAGGGUGAUGGCAACAGUCCGUCAGUAAGGAAGCAGCCGAAGCGCAUCGUGAAACCUCGUGUCUACUUUGACCUGGUGGACUACGACUCCGAUCUCGAUGACAAAGCUAUCUCAAGCUCAGCCUCACCAGCCAGGAGAAGGGGACAUGGACCUCGUUUCAGUCAAGACUUUGUGUCACUGGAUGGAUUCCUAGGAGACAUUUCAGAUGAGGAGGUCAGGCAUCGAAAGUCCAGCUCACACCGUGUACCACCUGCUCGUCGUAAGCCUGAGAAGGGUCUCUCAUCUCAAGGUCCUUUGGAACAGACUCCUCCCAGUGUCCUGGCUGCCCUUGCCCAUGGAUUUGAGCAGAGAGACGUUGAGCCUUCUAAACCUACUCACAAAAUCAGGGUUGAUUUCAAGGAGGACUGCACUCUGGAGAAUGUCUGGAAUAUGGGUGGUUUAAGUAUAUUGACCUCUGCGCCACUCAUGCCACCCUAUGUCUGCUUCCUUUGUGCCAGUAAAGGCCAACAUGAGAUGCUGUAUUGCCAAGUAUGCUGUGAGCCCUUCCACCAGUUUUGCCUUGAACCAGCGGAGCGCCCCUCUGAGGAGAACAAGGAAAACUGGUGCUGUCGUCGAUGCAAAUUUUGCCAUGUGUGUGGCAGGAAAAACAAGUACUCAAAGCCUUUGUUGGAAUGUGAACGAUGCCAGAACUGUUAUCACGGUUCCUGUCUGGGACCUAAUUAUCCAAAACAUAACAAGAAGAGGAAAGCUUGGGUUUGUAUGACAUGCAUCAGGUGUAAAAGUUGUGGAGUCACACCAGGGAAGAGUUGGGACACUGAGUGGAACCACGAUAAAGGACUCUGUCCAGACUGUUCAAAACUCUAUGAACAAGGCAACUACUGUCCAAUCUGCUUCAAGUGCUAUGAGGACAAUGACUAUGACAGUCAGAUGAUGCAGUGUGGCACCUGUAACCACUGGGUACAUGCUAAGUGUGAGGAUCUAACAGAUGAAUUGUAUGAGAUCCUGUCCAGCUUGCCAGAAAGUGUAGUGUAUUCAUGUCGGCCAUGCAGUGUGACCCAGCCCAGUGCCUGGAGAGAGCUGCUAUACAUUGAGCUCAGAGCUGGGGUGGAGAAAGUGCUAGCUUGCUUGCUUUCCUCCACCCUCACCCAGCACCUUGUUACCUGCACCCAGUGUGAAAAGUUGGUUGAUCCUGAUAGUGGAAUAGAAGGACAGCCAGCCUGUGACCUCCGCGCUGUGGGCAAGAAGUUUGACAAAGGCCUUUACACUACGUUGAAAAUGUUCCAUGAAGAUGUGGUUCAAGUGGUGCGAAAGAGGCUUGAGCAAGAGGAGGAUCUUCCAGAGGAGCAAAGACCCACUGCUUUGGCACGCUCCUACUAUUUAAAGCUCCUUGAAGAGGUAUUUAACUGGUUUAACAGCCAAGACCCAAAGGUGUGGAACUCUUGUACCAAAGACUUGCCCAUGGGGAUGCUGUCCCAUGCUGUUCACCCUCCCACAACUGAGCAUGUUUAUGCUCAGUGGCAGGUGAGGGAGGAGCUCCCAUCUAGGGCUCCGCUGGGUCUCCUACAGGAGGAUAAUGGACAAAACUUGGAUGUAAAGGAAGAGGAGGUGGCUUCUCCAACGUCUGGGGAGCCAACAAGCCGGAACCACUUCAAAACCAGCAGGGCUGUCAGGCUCAAAUUCAAAGGGAAAAGGGGCCGACUUUCAAAAGCUGAUCUGGACACUGGAUGGUCUAAGGAGGAUGAGAGACAGUGCUCUUUGUGCCAAAAAUAUGGAGACCUUAAACCCAAUGAAGCCGGCAGGUUGCUGUACUUGGGCCAGAAUGAGUGGGCACAUGUCAACUGCUGUCUGUGGUCAGCUGAGGUGUUUGAAGAAGACAAUGGCUCUCUACUACAUGUACAUAGUGCUGUCACAAGGGGCCGCUUGAUGCGAUGUGAACGCUGUAACCAGACAGGUGCCACAGUGGGCUGUUGCCUGACUUCUUGUCAAAGCAACUAUCACUUUAUGUGUGCCCGCUCCCGACACUGUGUGUUCCAGGACGAUAAGAAAGUCUAUUGCCACAAACACAGACAUCUGAUCACUGGCAGGGUAAUAACUGGUCAAGAAUUUGAGGUAAACCGCAGGGUGUAUGUGGAUUUUGAGGGGAUCAGCCUCCGCAGAAAGUUCUUGACUGGACUGGAACCAGAAUUAAUCAAUGUGAUGAUUGGUUCCCUACAGAUUGAUAAACUCGGUGUGUUGUCAGAACUUUCAGCUAGCAAAGGAAAACUGUUUCCUGUGGGUUUUCAGUGUUCUCGUUGGUACUGGAGUACAGUUAAUCCAUUGCGCCAGUGCAAAUAUACAUGCACAGUCCGCGAGGUCCGACCCCUAGUUCCUGAGAAGCCUGUUGAGGAGAUGCCUGACCAAGGAGAAAAUCACACCAUUUCUCACAACCCCUGUCCACCACCUGAACCUGAAGCCCAAGAGAUUGAUACAGCAGAAUCCCAACCCCCAACUGAGGAAACCCUUGUGUCAGUCCCAUCCAGCAAGUCAGAUCAUGGAGCAAGGCCAAAGAUUCCCAGCUAUCCCCAAACCAGGAGACCAGCUGGAGGAAUGUCCCGACCACUGCCAUCCCCAGGAGUAACCCAGUUGAAACCUCAUCACAUAUUAACCAUAAGUGAUCUGGAGGAGACUCGAAGGGUCCGUCGCCACAGCCCACACUCACAGACAACAGGCCUCCGCAGUCACAUGUCCCCACCUCCUCUGAGCCCUCUGACUGGGCCCAUCACACUCCGUGCUGGGAAAUCUUCCCUUCCUACUUCCCCACUGUUUCCAAUUGGUGCUACAGAAAACCUGAUAAAUUCUCCUUCAGCCCGCCCAGUUGGAGGUAGAAGUGCUUCCUCAGUCAGAUGCCCUGGGAAUACAAUGACCCAUUGUACCUCAUCUUUCUUUCCUCAGUCUCCCUGGCAGGACAGUGCAGGAAGCUUUCUUUCUCCAAGUCUGUCUUUCUCCUCAUCCAUACAGCAUUUACCCAGAACUCGAUUAUCAUUUGAUCUGAGCCAAUCAGAUUCAGUCGAGGUGCCACACAACUUCUUAGCUUCACCAGAGCCUGAAGAUGUCUCUCCAGCAAAUGGUACAUCACCCCAGGGGGACUUACACCAACAGAAAGAUGAAGAAGAAUUUCCCUACAGUUCAUUCCACAAGGAUCCCAGCAUGACUCUGGGCCAAGAGAUGAGGACAGAACUGGAGAUUGAAGAGACACUCUUGAAUGAAGGUGUGGCAAUGAACUGUGGGGGGCAAAUUGUGGUGGAAGGUGAUGAUCAUGAGGAAUUUUGGGGAAGACCCCAAGAUGUACACAAGAGAAAGACCCUUGUUGCCAACCUGCCACGGUCUGCAGCCUCAGCCAGGGAUGACUUGGGCAACACCUCCUCUGAUGAUGAUAUGGAGCACUAUUUUGACUUCUCACGGACAAUAGUCAGCUGUCCUGGAUCAAAAGAUCAUUCCAAGUCUCCUUCUUCCCCUUCCUCCAGGACUAUGGCUCAGCUGGAUGGUGUAGAUGACGGUACAGAGAGUGAUGCAAGUAUAGCUACCAACGAUGAUGCUCAGAAAAGUGAGGGUUCUAGUCAAGCUCCCAGACAAGCCAAAAACAUAAAUAAAAACAAUGUCCCUGAAUCAGAAACUACAAACGGCACACAGGCUGUUCAAAGUCUGACCCCUAAAGCAUCAUCCAGUGAUAAACACACAGAUUCUUCAUCACUCACCAUCUCAGCUGUCAGCAAAAGUCUGACAGAUAGUUCACCUCAAGAUCCACCAAAAUCCUCAAAAGAGGACAAUAUGGGAUUUCUCUCUCCACAAAUUGCUGGAGCCUCUGCACUCAAAGAGCAAAGCUCUGAAACUCCUUUAGUUAAUCAGGAGUCUGUGCUUCCUAUCCAAGUUCAUGACCCUCUGCCUAACUUACUCACAAAGGUGCCUGAGAUCUCAUAUUCAGAGGAAUUACUCCAGAGUUCCAGUCUCGGAUUUGCCUCAGGAACACCUCUCGUUCUUGAAAGAACUGGGCCCUUAACUGAGAUGGUUCCUUUGCUAGACAGCACACCACUUGAGACCCAACAGUCUGGACCUUGUAAACCCCUUAACUCUGAGCCUGACAGCAGCCACUUUGUCUCAUCAACUGAGGGUUCUGCUGUGUUGAUGAAUCACUUAACAAGUAGUGCAAUGGAACCCUCAUUAGCAGAGUCUGCGGAUAGUAGUCAGGGUGCCCUGCUGGAUCUUCUUCAGCCCUCCCCUUUAAUGUCUACAGAUGUACAAAACCCUUCUCAAGGCCUUGUCGACUCUCUGCAGAUGUAUUCCUGUUUACCAGGUUUCAGUCAGCCUCCUCUAACGAGUAUUACACUUCAGCCAGUAACGUCCUCACAAGAGUCAACCUUUCAGCACAUGGAGCCUUUGUCUACUAAACUAACCACCCUCAGUCCUGUUGGAGACCUGACACAAACACUGCUAAAUGUUGCCCCUCAAAACGAUCCAGUGUUAUCAGCAAUGUCAGGCAUUUGUCCCCAAGCAGCAACCUGUGGUACUGUCUCAGUGCCUAUUUACUCCACACAAACACAGCCAUUGGGUUCUACAGCUGUCACCAUCGUUUCUUCCUCUGCUUCAAUAUCAUCUCUUUCUGGACUGUGUUCAACUGCUCCAACAUCACUCCAAACCACAUCAGCCCCUGUGAUUUUAAAUGGCUACAACUCUUCAUCUAUGCAGAAGGAAGCUUCAUCUGGGCACACAAUCUCCAUCAACUUUUCUACACCCAGGACGACUAUAGAACCUCAACAGCCAGUGGUACCCCAGGCCUUACCUGGCCAUGCCAUUCUUACUGUGAAGGAAGUGGGAGGUCCAAAUGUGGAUCCAACACCACAUGUCCUACUGGUGAACCGCCUCGGGCAGAUCUUUGUGAAGAACCCAGAGAGCAACACAUUCCAGCUGCCCACUCCCAACUCCCCUUCCUAUAACUGUGUCACUCAGAUUGCCAGCCUUUUGCAAAGCAAUGCACUGUCAGCCACACUAGCAGCAGCUGGUAACAUGUCUACUCCACCCCCCGGGGCCACCAUGACAACAGCAGCCCCUCCAGCGGUCACACCUGCAGUGCAGAAUCCAACCACAAUCACACAGCUGCUAACUCACAAUAGCAACGGUGCAGUGGCACCAGUUAAUGUGAAGAAGCCAAGAAAGAAUACAAAAACAUCAAAAGAUGAAACUGUCCCAGAGUUGAAAAAACCAAAGAAAAAGAAGGACUCCAGUGCAUCUAAAAGAUCCAAGUCAUCCAAGGCUAGUUGGCAGCCUCCUCUGUCAACUGAGAAUCCUCCCAUGACUCCUGCUGAAAGCGCCCAAGCAAUUCUCAAUCAAGCAAUGGCAAGUAACUACACCCCCAAAUGGAGUGGGCUUCGAACACUUAGCCCUUCUUCCCUGGUUUUGCCACCUGGCCUAUUAAUUGAACCGGAGACUCCAGCGUUGCGUCGUUCACCAACACCAACUGCCACACCAACUCCUGCCCCCCGCCCUCGCACUCAUGUCCGCAUGAAGAGAGUAUCUUCACUUUCAGACCGUAUUGUCACAAAGAAGUCUAAAGUUGACUUCCUACAACCAGAGCCCAUCAGUGAGGAGGAGGAGCGCCACAGACCUAACUUUCCAAGCAUCUCCAGCAGGGCUUCGGGAGUUCGCAUCAAGACUCCAACAGUGAAAGGAGUACUGAACCUGGAUGAGUUAAAUGAGGAGCAUUUAAGCAAUUCUGACAGCUCAGGGUCAGAGCCUUGGGAUUACAUGUCUCGAGGUGAACAAGGCAAACAACAUGCUUGGGAACCAGUUGGACACAGCACCCUGACUGACUGGAAAAAAUACUCUGGCGCUGCUUCCACCUCAGAUGAUGAACCAUCACCAUCUGAUGAGGAUGAAGAAUGUCAGACCAGCAGAGACCAGCCACACUUGCGAUUUGAGAUAACCAGCGAUGAUGGUUUCAGUGCAGAGGCAGACAGUAUUGAGGUGGCUUGGAAAGCAGUGAUAGAUGGGGUGCAGGAAGCACGAGCAAUUGCAAGGUUGAGACCUUUGACUUUUCAGAGGAUCACUGGUGCCCGUAUGCUGGGUCUGGUCCAUGAUGCAGUGGUUUUCUUGCUGGAGCAACUUCAGGGAGCACACCGUUGUCAACGCCAUAGCUUCCGUUUCUUCAAACAGUUCACCCAGGAGGACGAUCUGCCUGUCAAUCCCAGUGGCUGUGCCCGAUCUGAGCUGUACCUUAGAAAGUCCACGUUUGACAUGUUUAACUUCCUGGCUUCUCAGCACAGACAGCUUCCUGACAUUGGGCCUUAUGAUGAUGAGGAAGAUGAGGUUCUUUUGAAGUCUACAAGACGGGCUACUAGUUUGGAGUUGCCCAUGGCCAUGCGCUUCAGACAUCUGGAAAGGACAUCCAAGGAAGCUGUAGGCGUGUACAGGUCUGCUAUCCACGGGCGUGGUCUUUUCUGCAAAAGGAACAUCGAAGCAGGGGAGAUGGUUAUUGAGUAUGCAGGCAUUGUCAUUCGCUCAGUGCUCACUGACAAAAGGGAGAAGUACUACGAUGGCAAGGGUAUCGGCUGUUACAUGUUCCGCAUUGAUGACUUUGACGUGGUAGAUGCAACCAUGCAUGGUAAUGCAGCAAGAUUCAUCAACCACUCCUGUGAACCGAACUGCUACUCACGAGUGAUAAAUGUGGAGGGCCGGAAGCAUAUCGUCAUCUUUGCUCUUAGGAAGAUCUACAGGGGAGAGGAACUCACUUAUGACUACAAGUUUCCCAUUGAAGACGCCAGCAACAAACUCAACUGUAACUGUGGGGCCCGGCGAUGUCGCCGCUUCCUCAACUGAGAGAUCCUUUGUCUGUAAAGGGCGGGGUCCUGUUUACUAGUAAGCCUUAAAUUAAGGUGGCACUGGAUUGGGUUUGGGGAGGCAGUGGGCAGUCAGCACAGCAGGGGAAUUAGCCACUAUGAGUCUGAUCAACAACAUUUGGAUGGUCAGAAGAUAAUACGCAGACAUUUUCUGCAUAGGAGAACAAGAAGAAGAAGAAGAGGAGGAAGAUAACCUGCACAGAGAGUUCAGAAACUAUUGAGAAAUUUCUUGUCUGGUAUGUGUUCACAAGGUACUUCUACCUGCGAAGAGUACAGAUAUACCGCUUGCCCAGCAACAGCAUCACAGGAGUAUAUUUUCUGGUAGGAAGUGGUUUUGGUUUUCAUGCCAACAGGACAUAUGAAUCAGAUAACUGAAUGGUGGGGGUUUCUGAAUCAACAUGGACGACACCAAUAGAAUUUCUUUGAUAAACACGUCAAGCCUUAUCUGUUUGAAUCAUUGCUGAAAACCUAUAGCUAGGCUUUGAGAGAUUCCUUAUAUGUUUUAUUCAUUUCUGGGGGUGGGGGUGGGGAGGGGGGGUUAUGUCUGUCUAUAGUACACUUGUAAUCAUGAUUGCUCCAUCCUCCAGUGAUGGGAACAUUAUAGCCCCAUCUGUGCAGUGGUGAAGUCAGUUCUUGAGCCAUACAUUCACCCAAACCUUUAUUUUUGUAUUUUAUCUUACAUUUAACACUUCUCAUGUUGUGGAUAUUUUUUUCUUUUAGGACUUUUUUUUUUUUUUUUUUCCUGAAUCACAAGACAACCAUGGUGCUAAGCUUUGAAGGGUCUUCAACAUCUUUGGUUGGACUAAGAUGUCCUGCAAAUCAGGAAAUGUUCACCCUGCUGAGACCACGUAUCUUAAAUUUAUGCACUCAAGCAGUACUCUUAACAUCAUCGGAAUAUAAAGUGUCUGCUAAGUUUCUCACUAGAUCGUAGGUGUGAUAUUUUCUCACUUCCUUUCUUCCUGUGUAGAGAUAGAUUGUUCCAACGUAACGGUUUCAGUCAGUAACAUUGUGUCAUAUUUAUAAAGACAGAAACAUGUCUUUAAGAACGUUUUUUUUUCUUGAUGUACAGUGUAUGUAGCAAACACUACCCAAGCCAAAAGUUAAGAGUUGUGGUGAAUAUCAGUUUUUUUAAAUAUAUAUUUUAUUACUCAUGGCAGAUGCCCAUUACCUAUUGCAAUAAGACUUUGCUGCCCUACAGUCGCACAUAAAUAACCAACGAACAUACAGAUAAUCUUCAUUUUGUUAAAACCUGCUACAGUUUAUCUCUUAAUCAGGGAGAGCACUGCAUAAAGCAUCGCCACUGAGUGUGUGCAUUCAUCUCCUGCACCUUGUUGUUAUUGUGAACACGGUGCAAAGACAUUGUAAAUGUUGUCGUUGCACGGUGGCUCGCAGCAAACACAAGUCUGAAAUGGAGCUGGAGAGAAUGCACUCUGCACCUUAAAGUAAUGUGUAAUGUUGUUCUUAGUCGAUGUACAGUGCCGUCAUUAAUAAGGUAAUCGAAUUCACACACUGUUCAAAUUGGUAGUUAUAUUUAAUUGUUUUGAUUUCUAUUUUUAAUGGUGAAAGGUUGUGCUUUGUAUAAAUGCUGGUGGUCUAGUGUAUUAGGAGCUCUCCCCCCAUUUGUAUCCCUUUUUUUUUGUUGUUUACAAAUGAUGUCCUUUUGUUUCACUAAUUUACUUGAAUUUUCUUUUGGGGCAAUUGUGUCAUGCAUUUAAGCCUUUAUGACAGAAAUUGUUCUAAAGCAGGUAUUUUUAAAGAAUCAUUUUUAAUUUUUUUUUGUGGUAGAUUACUGACGGUCUUAGAAUCAGCCACAGGAGUUAAAGUGAGCACUGUUUGCCUCUCCAAGCCCAUGAUCAUCUUUUUUCUUUUUUUUUCUUUCACCUCUCUCUCUCCUAACGUAUUAGAGCAAAAUUCCAAUAGGAUCAUGUUUUGUCUUGAUCUUAAUCCCCUUUCCUUCUUGCAUGUCCAAUCACUGGGAUGGAGCCCAGAUUAACUUGUGUCAAUCACCUAGCUGACAACAAGAGCAGUCACUCCCAACUCCUUGCAAGGAUUCUACCUCAGCUGUUUAGACAGAUGUUUGGGAAUACUGAUGCAAAAACAGAGGAUGAUAAUUUAAGAGUAGCUUGGUUUUAAUGUCCUGCAGAGCUGGUGUGUGUGGGUGCGUCUGUGUCAUUUUGUGUGUGUGUGUGCAUGUGUGUGUGUGUGUGUGUGUUUGCAAUGAAGGAUGGCACUAGUCAAAACCUGAAGUUGUCACGACCAUCUCUCCCAAAAUCUGUUCAGAAAGCUGUAUGUUAUAUAUACACACACAUAUAUAUAUAAAUAUAUAUAUAUAUAUAGUAGGGUUAUUUUAAAGUAAGUGUAAAAGACAUAAAAAUGAGAAAAUAUGUGAUCUUUAAAAUUUACGUCUUUGUUACCAUGUACAAAUAAACCCUGAGUUUGUAAAUAUUUGUAUACAUAUUUCUAAACCUGUUUAAUUUUUCUAUGCACUUUUUUUAUUUAUAAUGUUAUUUGCUUAAUAAAGAUGUUAAGAUGUUUGAACAAAUGACUUUCUUUAUUAUAAACAUUGAGAGUAGGUUUGAAAAUAAGAUAAUUGUGUGAAGCAGUAAUCAUGAACCAAGAUGUUACAAAACAGGUUUCUAACAAGAUGACUUUGUUGAGUAUAGAGCUGCAAACAUUAUUUGAUUAGUCAAUUGUUUAAUUGUUUCAAUCAUUUUCAAAGCAAACAUGUCAAACAUUCCCCAGUUCAAGCCAGGCAUUUGUGAAGAUUUGCUGGUUUUCUUAGUUUUAUGUGACAGUAAAAUGAGUAUCUCUGGACUGUUGAUCCAACAAACAAAAGUAAUCUGAAGACAUCACCUUAACCAGACUUAAGGAAACCAUGAUGGACAUUUUUCACUGUUUUUAGAUGUUCAAGUCAUGAGUAAGUGAUUAAUUAGUUGCAGUUGAGUAUUUUUAUUCAUUAUUAGUUAUAUUUCAUCACAUGCAAUAUUAAUGUACAAAUAGAAAAAGAAAAAUCCAUAUGUAGAAGCUGUCUUACAUCUUGCACAAAAAAAAUUGAGCUCAGUAUGUGCACCAAUGCAUUUAGCCAUUUAAAGAAAUCAUUUGAGACUAUAAUACACAUAUUUGUGUUCUUGCUGAGAGUUAGAUGAGAAGAUCUGUCCUCCAAAAUUGAAGCAUCCCUCAGUUAGCUUAACUUAGUUCAGCAUAAACAGUGGGAUUGUUUUUUAUCUGUACAAAAACUGAAGUGCAAAAA